ACAAGUGACAAUACGUCAGUUGUCAAAAUUUUGAUCAAAAUACAUUCCUGGAAAAUUUAUAAAAUCAACGAAAUAUCUAUAUAGACAAAAAGGAAUCAGAAAGGAACUUGCAUUUAAAGUCUCAAAAAUGUCUAGAUUAUUAUCUGCAGUUAUGCAGCCACUGCGGAAAAUUACUCAGUCACUACAAUCCCCCAACCACAUAGCCCCAAGCACAAGUUUGGUUAAACCAGAACUGUCUUUAUUUACAUCAAUAAGAACAAAAAUAAGAUGUUACUUCCCAAGACCUAACGAGGUGCGCAGGGUCCGUCGCCACGGCUGGGCCACUAGAAUGUCAACUCCCAAUGGACGAAGAACUAUUAUGAGAAGAAUUUUGAAAGGGCGUUAUGUAUUGAGUCACUAACUUCAGUCAAAAGAUGCAUAAUAUAAUUAUAGCUUAGUAUUAUAAAUUAAAUAUUUACAUUUUGC